GUUUUCAUGUCAUGAAUGAAUCUGCUGCAUUGCCUGAACCCUCUCAUAUUGUUCAAGUUCCCGAGUACUAUUAUGCGGUAGACAUAAACUACUUGACACAUAUGAUCGCCGAUAUGUUGGGCAGGCUUAUUAAACACAAUGAUUUGAUACCACUCACACCUAGUAAUUUGACGCGUUUCCAUUCACGCAUACCGCCGAAUAUCUCUCUCAGCGAUUAUUUACGACGUAUAGUGAAAUACACUUCAGUAGAAAAGUCUUGUUUAUUAAUUUUGCUCAUAUACAUUGAUCGUGUAUGUGAACUUCAUCCACAUUUUACCAUUUCUUCCUUGACUGUGCAUCGAUUUCUGAUUACAGCAGUGACAAUAUCAUCCAAAGCACUAUGUGACUCAUAUUGCACCAAUUCACAUUAUGCCAAAGUCGGUGGCAUUUCAACACAGGAAAUCAACGCUUUAGAAUUAGAAUUUUUAUCCCUCAUUGAUUGGCAUUUGACUUCUACAGGACCUAUUUUACAACAAUACUAUGCCAAUUUGGUCGAGCAACACCCUUGUUAUGAACGCAUUGUAUCUGAAGAACAAGAGAUCAACAAGAAGCGGCGAAGGAGCAGUACAACAGAAGUCAGUCCUGCAAAAAGGAAGGAUCGAAAAAACUCACUUAAUACUGAGUUGCUUGAAAUAGAAGAAGAAACCACCAAAAACCAUUUUGAUACACUAUUAGACGAUGAAACCAUACCCUAUAUCGCAUAGAAAUUUUUGAAUUCCAUCUGGUACAACCUUCCCUCUUUUUCGUCCAUAACCUCGUGAGGUCAGUUUUGUCGAAUCAAAAUUCACUGGAUCAGCUAUAUGGAUGAUCCAAUCUCUCAAAAUUAUACGCUGGCGUCCUUUUUUUAUAUAUAAAGAAAAAUGUAGAGAACUAUAAGUUACUUUUUUUAUGUUGUAAAUGUACAUAAUAUGUAUGUAAAAAAAAACUACAGUAGUGACCUGAAUAAAAAUAAUCAUUACCGGCUUCCUGCGUAUGGUUUCUGAUUUAAGGAAG